AGCGGCGCUCGCACAUUCUGCGCAGCGCGCUGCCGUCGCGUAAGCCUCCGUUUGCAGCUCAUCCGCUCCGAAUGUACAUCCAUUAAGGUCCACAUUACAGAUUUAACUCUAUUUUUUGCCUGGACAAUUGCCGAUAACGUUGGAUAUGCGCAAGCGGAAUUAUGAGAGUCCCAUCCUACCGAACAGAAGUAAAAUAAAAUAAGUUUUUCACACAUUGGAUUAACUCCUCAUUCCUUAUGAAGAAGGCAAAAAUUUGGAUAAGUGUCUGCAUCCAUUUUAUAUCCUUCAUCACAUUUGUAACCAGUGUGAGUGAAAUCCGAAGCCCCUUAACCGAUGAUGUGGACAAAAUCUCCAUACUGAAACAAAAUAUACCCAAAGAUUACUGGAUUACAUUACAUCACAUUCCUAAAGAAGUGAGUGGCAUGUGCUGGGUUGAUCUCAAUGUUUAUCAUUUGGAAGAAAGUUUGAAACAACUGGCACAAAAGUUUGGAAACAUUUCUUCUAACAGAGAUAACAUUGCUAUAUACAUUCAAACUCUACAAGAUAUACGCUACAACAUUGUUAAAAAAAUUGAUCUGGGCUUCAUAAUGGAAGAAUUUCAGUGCCAUUAUAGAGAAGUUAGAUGGCAAACAGCAAAUUAUUUUGACUAUGUUAAAGAUUUUCUGAGCGCUGCGCGCUCUAGAAGAGGAGACGCUGAAUGUGACUCUCCUCCCUGUCCUCCGACAACUCAGGCCAUCGUAACAGAGCGUCUCUCCAGGCCCCCAGAAGCAGAUGGGUGUGACGGACUGGUGCCGGGUUGUGGCCCAAGAACAGAGCAUCAGUACCUGCCACGAAUAUCAGAUAAAGGCCUUCUGUUACUGCUGAUUGUUCCCCUGGCUGUAGGUCUGCUCUGCCUAGCAUGGAAGAUGUGCAGAAGGCAAAGACUCGCACCCGACACAGAUGCUGAACAUGGAGCACAAGUCAAAGACCCCACUGCAGAUACUGACACGUCUGAGGAAAAAAUAACACUGAAUGUUGACACAGUGUAGGAUCUCCUGGGCUGCAGCGUUUGGUCGGGAUCCUGAAGCACUUGUUCACACAAGAAGUAAUAUUCACCCUUUUGCCUCUGAAGUAACUGAAACAUUGUCAAACGGACUCCCGGCGUGAUCUGCUUCUUUCCAGAGACAGAUGUCAUGAUCACUGAGGUGGAGAAACACGGUCAGUCCAGAGAAUAAACGAGAGUGCGGACCUACUGUUGGAACAUGUGGCCAGCAUGUGGACCCAGCGUGAGAGCAGGAAUGGGGCUUCAUGCGGUGGAUUUUUAAAAAGCGUCCUGGGAAGAGUCAGAGAGAUGGACCCAUUUGCUGCUGAGUAAGAGGGCGGAUCCUGUAGGAGCUCCUCAUGAACAUCUCACCAGCCAAAGCAGUAACAUUUUACUAAUGAACAACUUACCUGUUCCAUUGUAUUUGCACUUAAAAGGUUUGCGUGGGUCAUCUUUCUCUGGGAAAAGCAUCCAUCAUGGAUAUUAAAAUGACCUUUAAAAAGUUGUAAGGAAAAGGCGCUUGACUACCUCCAGUGAACAUUGUCAUUAUUCGGUUUUUCAAGCAUAUGUCUUCAACAGUCACAAACACAAAUGUUGGAAUAUGUCUGUACACACUAUAGUGUGGGCUUGAGGUUGAAAUGUCCUGCUAUAUUAUUAUUUUUUUAAUGGAGAGUAUUGCAUUUAUAUAAUAUGCAUUAAUUUAAUUUUUUCUCUAUGUCCCUCUUUAAAAAAUGUGAAUAUCAAGUUACCGGACAAUCAUGAAAACUAACUUCAUCUAUUAACAUAAACUUCAAAGCUCUGUUUCCUCUUGGUCUAACUGGGUUUUAACUUGGAAGCUUUAUUAAGUUGUUAAUUAUUAUAAACGUCAUUAUUUGAAAAAGAUUUUCCUUUAGCUUCAGAAUGUACUACCUUCAGGGAAGCCCUUAAAUGGCCCUUGCUGCCUUUGAAGCAGGCAAGAGAAGUAAGCUUGCUUAGCUGAGGAAACCCCAUCAGUUGAGGAGGCUGCAUCACCUGAGGAAUCCCCAUCAGUCAAGGAACCCCAAUUAUCUAAGGACACUCCAUCAAGCAAGGAACGCCCAUCAGCGAAGUAACCUCCAUCAGCCAUGGAAACCCCAUCAGUUGAGGAGGCCCCAUCAGCCGAGGAACCCCCAACAGCUGAGGAAACCCCAUCAGUUGAGGAAACCCCAUCAGCUGCAGAAUCCCCAUCAGCUAAGGAAAGCCUAUGAGCUGAGAAACAUUCGUCAGAACCUCCGUUAGCCGAGAAACCCCUACCAACUCAUAGGAGGCCCCAUCAGCCAAGGAACCCCGAUUAGCUGAGAAAACCCAAUCACCUGGGGAAGCCCCAUCAAUCGAGGAACCCCCAUCAGCCGAGGAAACCCCGUCAGCUAAUCAUGGUCAGAUCUCGCUUCUUGCUGAGCUGUUAAUUCUUACCGAUGUAUCUCCUGGAGGCACAAAAGAACUCUUACAUAAUCAUAUUUCCAAUGUAUACCAAAAGUUCUAUAAAUCAAUAAAUGUGUAAUGCAGUACA